AUGUCUCAUCUUAAAGAAUCAAACAAAAUAGAUAACAAAAAUCAUGUAAUUCGUACAUCGGGAGAUUCUGCUUCUCCAUUGGCAUUAGAGCAAUCUGCUCCCUCAACUACAUCAGAGUCACCGCCACCUUCAACUCACAAAAUUAAUUCUUACCAACAAGACAAAAGAAAGCUUUUAUUAUUCUUCUUAUUCAUGUUGUUUGUUGAUGUUGGUUUACCACUUAUUCUUUAUGCUAUUCUUUCAAAAUAUAUACCCACUAUUUGGGCAUUAAUCAUAUCAGGUAUCCCACCCAUUAUUUCUGUUAUCCUUAAUUUUAUCCAUCGCAAACAAAUCAACGCCAUAGGAUUACUUAGUUUAGCAGGUUUCAUUGCUGGCUCUAUAUUAGCGAUAUAUCAAGAUGAUCCAAAGUUAUAUUUAUUACGAGAUUCAUUUAUCACUGGUGUAAUCGGUCUAGUAUUCGUUAUCACUUUGAUUCCGAUAAAAGUCGGUUCAUUUGAGAUGAGACCUUUAAUAUAUUAUAAUAGUAAAAAUUUAGGAUUAGGUGAUCUUAAAGGUUUAACGGAAGACGAACCUAUUCCUGAUCGUUGGGAAAGGUAUUGGAGAUCUUAUGCUUUAUUUCGACGAACAUUUAUUGUCUUAACAGCUGUUUGGGGUUUUGGUUUAAUUCUUGAAGUUCCUGCUCGUGUUAUAAUUAUUUAUAAUACAUCAACGGUUGAUGCUGCUGUUUAUAUUGCAAAUAUUUUUGUUUAUACUUGGUUGGGUUGUUUAAUUUUAUUUAAUAUUAUUUAUUCUGGAUAUAUGAAAAAAUUAGGUAAAAAACGUGAGGAAGAGGCGGAGGCUGUUGUUGCUGCUAACAAUGGAACCUAG